AUGGACCACGCCGGUGCAGCAGCCACGACCAGCCACCCGCUCGACGACGUGAGCAAGGGCAGCACCGACUCGCUCCCCACUCCGCCACGCUCGCCUCCGCUCGAGCAUCAAGUCGCACACCUCUCGCACCUCGAGGCCGGCACCUCGCCCGCACCCGCAACCGCCCUCACGCCAGGCGCCAGCCCGGCCCUCGCCUCCACUCUCGGCUACUUCCCGGCCUUGUCGCCCACCACCUCGCACGACCCGCUGCUCCUGCGCGAGCGCGUACAGACCGACGAGCAGCUCACCGAGCUCCGCCGGCGCAAGAAGAAGGCCCACGGCUUCUACCGCGCCCAGAACGAGCAGAUCGACAACCUCCUCAAGCACAUCGACGACCACGUUCGCGAGGCCGAGGAGGACGAGGACAACAACCGUCUCGCCAUCAAGAUCGCCAUCUACGGCUCGCUCGCCGCAAACUGCGUCCUCGCGAUUCUUCAGCUCUAUGCCGCCAUCUCGUCCCUCUCCCUGUCCAUCUUUGGUACCGCCAUCGACAGCGUGUUCGACCCGGCCGCCAACCUGAUCCUGUGGUGGUGCCACAAGAAGGCGCAGCGUGUCGACUACAAGCAGUACCCGGGCGGCGGCAGCAAGUUCGAGUCGAUCGGCGACAUCGUCUACUCGGGCAUCAUGGGCGCCGUCUCGCUCAUCCUCGUCGCCUUCUCCGUUCAGGACCUCGCGAGGGGCGAGAGCGACAAGGAGCUCCAUAUCCCGGCCCUCAUCGUCGUCGGCAUCGCGUUCGCCACAAAGUUUGCCCUCUUUGCCUACUGCUACUCGAUCCGCAGCAAGAACUCGCAGGUUCGAGUUCUCUGGGAGGACCACCGCAACGACCUGUUCAUCAACGGAUUCGGUCUCUUUACGUCUGCCGCCGGCGCCAAGAUCGCCUGGUUCAUCGACCCGCUCGGCGCUCUCGUCAUUUCCUUUGUGCUCAUCUUCACCUGGGGCUUCACGUGCGCGGGCCACUUCAAGCACCUUGCCGGCAAGGCUGCGCCCCGCGAGUUCCAGAACCUCGUCACGUACAAGGCCAUGACGUUCGCCGACCAGAUCACGGCCAUCGACAGCUGCGUCGCGUACCACAACGGGCCCAACUACACCGUCGAGGUCGACCUCGUCAUGCACGCCGACACGACCCUGCGCGUCGCGCACGACGUGUCCCAGGCCCUGCAGGACAAGCUCGAGGAGCUGCCCCAGGUCGACCGCGCAUUCGUCCACGUCGACCACGAGACGAGCCACAAGCCUGAGCACCGCAAGACUAAGUAGAUGCGCCUCGACCUCUCCUCCUCGUCCUCUCUCGACACGCCUCGCCUCGCCUCGCCCAGACACGCACAAGCGAGCCCACCUCCUCGCGUUACGACAGCCUGUAGAUUAGACGACCUUAUCGAGCCCGCAAGGGCACUCCUGUAUCACUUGGCAAUGCAGCCCUGUCCCUCCUC